GCCAUUUUGACGCGUCUUCAGUCCUCCUGGAAGAUGGCGGUCGCGCUUUGUUUGUUUUUACCGUGUUAAAACUUAAAUAUCGUUCGUCAUCGCCGAGUAUUACUGAAAAUAAAGUCUGCUGUUGUAGAGGCGUAGCACGAAAGCUAGAAAUGACAACACAGAUCCGCAGGACCAGCAAACUUAAUACAUUAGUGACAAAGCUUCAUGAGUAUCUGGCUUAUUUAUCUGAUGAAGAAAGUAGUACCCCCAGUCCUGAUGAUUCUAAUGGAAAAAAGAAGAAUGAUGUCACGGACUUAUUCAUCACUGAUAGCCCCAACGAACAGCCUUGCAGCUCAACAGAUAGUGGGAAACACUCGGCACAUUCUAAGAGGAAACCUUCUGUUACCACGAAAAACACUGGAUUUAAUGAAUCUGCUACUUUUAGAAAAUGUGAUGAGUCAUUCAUGAAUGAGUCUAUCCAUGGUUCAGAGAGCAAUGUUGAUUUAAACAGUUUACCUAAAGGAACUGUAGUAGUACAGCCAGAGGCUGUGGGAAAUGAAGAUGAUUUCAGGGGUCCUGAGUUUCGAUGCAAAGGAACCACCAAGCUAAAAAGUGAUGUUUUGCGCAAAAGAGGUGAGCACUUCCAGAUUGUAAGCUGCACUACUUGUGGACAGCAGGUCAACCAUUUCCAGCGAGACUCCCUUUACCAGCACCCUGUACUCAAAGUGCUUAUGUGCAAGUCCUGUUUCAAGUACUACAUGAGUGAUGACAUCAGCAAGGAUGCGGAUGGCAUGGAUGAACAAUGUCGGUGGUGUGCUGAGGGCGGAAACUUGAUUUGUUGUGAUUUCUGCAGUAAUGCUUUCUGUAAAAAGUGCAUUCUGCGUAAUCUGGGCCGAAAAGAGCUUUCAGCUAUUCUAGAUGAGGAAAACAAGUGGUACUGCUAUGUGUGUAGUCCAGAGCCCAUCUUGGAUCUGGUGUCUGCCUGUCAUAAUGUGCUGCAAACCAUGGGACAACUGUGGAGCCAGCAACGAAAAAGGGGCAAACCAGAGAACGAAAAAGCAACUGGAGAUGAUGGAACCUAUAAACACUUCCAAAAGAACAAACCAACGUUUCAUGAGAAGGGAUUCAGCGUCGACAGCCAUGGAUGCCGUCCGACAGCGGUUGCCAGCCGAGAUCUGAUGGUACCAAAAGAACUGGCCAAAAAAACAAAAAACCUUGUUGAGGCCACAUCUGCUUUGAACAAUAUGUUUCUAAAAUUAUUACAGCAGAGCACAGAAAACCAAACAACCAUUGCUGUUAAGUUGAGCCAGCUGAAGGCCUUCAAAGGAGUGUUAGCUGCUCUAAAAAACGUUCACAGUGCCUUGGAGGAGGCUUUGGAGCAGGAAUUUCUAGAGUCAGUACUGCAGAGUGGAGAGGAGACUGUACACGACAUCACUAAUGAUGAAACUCCAAAUGCCAGCUGCAGGCAGAGUACUUCUAAGUAUUCACAUAACCAUGCCGAAAAGGAAAGCAAGAUAUAUCAUUUAAUGAAACUUGCUGAUGAAGUCAGUAUGGAAAAUAUUCGAGAAGGUGCUGUUGCAGAGAAUGAUAGGUUGGAGAAAAGCUCACAAAGCCAGAUUCAGAAAGGCGGUGGAGAGAUGAAAGUCAAAGAGACGACUGAAGGGACAUCGUCCAAUAUUACAGGAUUGAAGCCACCCACAGUGCCGUGUAAAAUGUCUCUUGGUGUUGCCGCUGUUUCACCCAGUCUUCCUGAGAAACAACAGGAGGUGCCCAAAACUUCAGAACAUGCCCUUGGGACAGCACAAAAGGGCUCUUAUAAUUGCAGGACAUUUUUACAGUUGAACCCAAGUCCACACAGGGUUACAAAAAAAUUGGUUGUGAAACUGACGCCUGUUCAAUUGCAAAAAUCUUUUGAAUCUAGUCAUUUUAAGAAGGACAGAGAAAAUAAAAAUGAGGGCAGUCAUGAGGGAGUGGAUUCCACUGAAGGGCCGUCCAUGGAGCACGUUCUGCCGAUGGAAAAUGAGCAAGAUAGUAGGCGUUUACCAAAGGUGAAGAUCACGCCUUUGCGAAGGCAAGUGGACAAUAAGACCAGCCUGACAUGCGCACAGGCUAACAGUGACAGUGAUGUUGAUGGGGACACGCAAACGAAAGUCCAAGAUGAGUAUAACAUGGCAAAUGGGAAGAAAAAGGGCCGGAUGGUCCCUACUGUCCUCCUACAGACACUUACUUCAGAGGUAGAGAGUGGUGCUGAGGAUGGUCUGCAAAUAGUAAAGAGGAAGUGUCUAUUUGGACUGAACAGAAAUUCCCUGCAGCCUCCUGAAAAGGCAAGCCUAAAACGUAAGCGGAAGGUUAGCUUAUGCGACUCUGAACACAGUGAAUUCACUACAACUAAGAACACAGUGAAGAAAAGGAGACCCAAGAGUGAUUAUACUUCCAGUAAUGAAUCAGAUCUUCAGACAGGGACUGGUAACCCGGGGAAGCGUCCCGUACUUAAGAAUAACAGGAAAAUGAAUUACACUGGAAAUGAUUUAGGUGCACAGGAAAAAGUUUUCCUGAAAGCAAUGAAGACUAGAAGACCUACAGUAAACUCUAAAAUGUGUCAGCUUAAAGUGAAGCAUUCAACAGAAGAUUGUGAAUGUUCUUCUUUUGACAACCAUGAUGAUGAGGAAAGAAUGUGUACAAUUGAGGACCCUGUUGGCAGUGCUGAUCAAAAUAUGAAACCCAUCACAAAACGGACAAAUGUAUUGGAGACCGGCAUUUUCCACCAGGUGUCAGAGGAUGAACCAAAUGUUCAAGCUGGUUUCAUUUCUGCAGUUGAUAUUGAUGGUGAUGAUCCGGAGAACCAUGAUUUGAGGAAGGUUGACACACCAACUGUAACGCACCUAAAAUGUGGCAGCAGAGCAAAGCAGCGGAUUACCAAGCACAGCAGCAAAACUGGAACUGCCUGCACUGUAAAGACCCGAUCUCAAACACCACCUCAAAAAAAAUAGCCACCCAGCAAACGCCCUGGCAUCUUGCUCUGUAAUCGGGGAUGAUCACAAUGGCUGUUUCACACAUCUCAUAGUUUGUCUAUGUCAGUAUCACCAUAAACUGCUUUAUAAAGUGCACAAUCCGUAAUGUUCUUGUUAGAAAAUGAGUAAACCAAAGUGGAAACCUUUUUUGGACAGUGCGUCAUUUGGUUUGCGUGUAGAGAUGUAACACUUGUGAUAAAUAUCCAGAUUUCUUUUUUCGUAUCCUUUGUCUCAUUGGAUUUGUAUUCAGUGUUGUGACUUUCUUGUUAAGGCUUUUAUUAAUGUGUGCAAGGUGGGUGUAAAUUCACUAUGAACUCCCAUUACUAGAAUGCUGCAUACUGUGUAGACUGAAACUUUCAUGACUUGUUACUUCUCAGGAUUUGCUGCAGCUCACGUAUGCUGCAUGUGAUCUCCAGUGUUCUACAAAAUUCUACUUCUGUCCCCAGAAUUGUCAUUCUCACUUUUUUUCAAAAAUCAGUUUUAUCUGAAAAACACCUUUCAUUUCCCUGACACUGUUCGCACUAAUUAAAUGAAUGGCUGCAUAUUUAUUUAAAAUGAAACUAAUUAUUUUGGCACACAGCUAUAUGUCCGUUGCACCAGGUAGAAAGUCUAGAUCUGUAGCUCACUAGCCUGAAAAUAUAUCUGAUAUAGCUAGAUAAUUGCUUGAAAGCCAAAGACACCAAGCACAUUGUUUUCUUUUCAAUCUUCUUUUCAUUGAUAAGAAAAUUAAACAUGCUUUUCCACAGACAGUGAAUGCAUACCAUCUAGCAGACUGACGGAUUAAGGUUGUGAACAAACAGUUGGCGAACGCUACUUACAGGUAGCUAGCUACCAAGCUAGUAGCAUGUUUACCUAGUUGGCCAGUAGUUGAGAUACUGUUUUUUUUUUUUGUAUAAUUUCUUAAUUUCAUUUUUAACCAACGCAAUGAUCAUCAAACUGGAAAAAAGUAUUCUUGUUAUAGCUGCUAUCAUGUUGUUUUUUAUUUUUACCUUUUAUGAUCGUUAUUUUUCCUCGACUUUUCUCCAUGUGAUAUUUCACAGUACAUACUUUCUCGCAGUAUUUACAUGAUCACCUGUAUUUUAGAAUCUAAUCUUUUCUUUUGUGCUUUUCUGAUAAAUGCAACCAGACAUGCCUUUCAUAUUGAAGGUUACUGUAAUGUAAAUUCAUUAAGGUAUUUAAAUAUAAUUUGUUUGUAUGCAUUAUUUGGUAGCACUUAAAUCUGUAAAUGGAAAACUCCAUUAGGUUUUGGGAAUUUUAUUGUUUUUGUUAAAUUGUAUAUCAGUCAUUUCAUUUGUUUUUCCAUUGCACCUGUCUGAAGGAUUUUCUGGGGAAACUAUGGUCAUAGUCGUCUGUCUUAUUUUCUGUUUCUUGGGUGGCCUAUGAAAUGUAAGUCACCCACACCUGACUAAUGAUGUUUAUUAUGUUGCUGUUUAUGAUCUCUUUGUAAAAUGCAGUUUUUGUGAAUAGGCCCAACAGCAGAUCCUUUUGUUACCAUUAAACAGAUAGUUAUUGUUUAAUUCUGGGAGGUCUUUAAAUUACUGUAAAUAUAAAAAUGGACAGUUUCUUUAAUACUAACGUAUCUGUCUAGAACAUUUAGUUCUUUGUUGGUUAUAAUGGCAUCCUGUUAGAAUCAACAGUUUGGGCGAUGACAGUUUGACAAUUUUUUACUGCAGUAAUAAAUGAAACCUCAAUUAAUACUUAUUUUAAUACAUUUACUGAAAUGUCUAUGCAGACAUGCUUAUUUCUGUUUCUUAACUUGUUUAAACUGUUGUUUUCUAGGCGGUGUACCUGACUGAAAUGUGAUACAUGACCUUUCACUCCUCGUGCAAUAUGAAAGUGGCGUCUCUCUCUCUUUCCUGACUUUGACCUCCUAUAGCAGCUUACAUGGUCAUCUGCCAUUGAUGAUGUUCUUUGAAUGCGCAGUGCUUAUUUAAUGGUUAGGGAGUCGAUUUUCCCAUGUGCCAAAGUCGAAAAGCGCGUAGUCGCAUGCUUUUUUCACUUCUCACAUCAGCUUAAGUUUAGGAUUUAUGCGCACGUAGGCUAAAUAUGCACUUUGGGUGGGGAACCGCCAAAAGCCUCACACGUUAAUGACCCUCACACACAUUCUGCCACUGACUUAAGCACUUUUAAUUGCAUUUUUCACUGUGCACUCUGGAGGGCUGUAUUAAAUGAUGCACCUCUAGAUGGCAAAACACAAUAUUGCAGUGUUUAGAAAGCUGGAUGGGUAAAAAAAUUUAACUUUUUAUUAUAUACAUUUAGAAACAAAUCUUACAAUCCAAAACGCAUGUGAAGAAUUACAAAAGAUUUAUGAUACACAAUAGUAUAUAGAAGUACGUUAAUGUAUAUAAGUAUAUUAUUGUUAGGCUAGAUUUACUUGACAUCUGCCUUGUCAACAUGCCUAGUAGGUGAGUAAAUCUGGCUAAAAGACUCCUAAAUUAAAAAAAAAAAUGUUUCAAUUGAAAUGAAUCGCAUUAUACAACUUCAUUGUCUAAAAUGUCAAUUUUGCCUCUGGGCUUAAUCAGUUGCAGAGUAAAACAAUUUUCAGUACAAAACAAUUGAAGAAAUUAACGUACAUCUUGUUAUACUAAUUGAUUGUCUGCUGUGGGUUGCAUCCAAUAAAGUUGAAAGAUUGGAAAAUAUCUAAUUUUGUGUUAUUUGAUCUUAAAAUUACAAUAAUACUGUGUAUUUGGGAAAAAUAUGUUUUUAAAUCAGAGCUAUGAAUGACUAUGAAUGCAGAUUUAAAUUGGGUUCACAACAUAAACAUAAGGGGCCAUUUUCCGCAUUUUGCUUGUUGCCAAAAUGAGAAUAUAAUCUCCUUUUCUUGCAAGAAUUAAAAGUUGCAUGGACAUGCCAUCUUUUUCAAGUUGCACGUGUUGGGCGUGACUGUUCUGACGAAGAGUACACAGAGGAGCAUAACUCUUUAAGCAUUUUUUUGACUUGCGUGCCUGAUGGAAGAAUACACCCUUAAAUGAAUAGCAUUAACUUACUGCCAAAAGUAACUAAAUCAGUUUUAAGUUAUGUAAAUUCAAAAUCAGUCUUGAAAUUUGGAUUUGGCAUUCUUUAGAAUAGACAAAUUUUGAACAAAUUUCAUAACCAUGGUAUUCUCACUCCCUAAAAAUCUUUUUAGCCUAACCUCACCCAAUAUAUCGGUUUCCAGAGUUGCUAUGUUUAAGUGUAUGUUAAUGUCAGUUGUAAUAAGUAUUACGAUAGUUUUUUGGGUUUUUUUUGUACUGAUAGAAAAGUCAUAUACAUUUGUUAUAUGCUGCAAUGGGACAGUCUUUUCUUUUACAUGGACAUCUCAAAUCAAAUACUUCAAUUUGUAUGCUAAUCUUUUUCUAAUUAUUUUUAAUUCUAAUGUCAUGAUGGAAAUAACAGGUGUAAAACUCCAUCUGUGGAUUAAUAACAUGUCUGUCUAUCUAAUCUAUUUAAAAGUAAAGUAUUUGUGUUUUUUCGGUUAAUAUCUCUGUGAUCAUUACAAAAAAUAUAUGAAAAUGCUGCAUAUGACACAAUUAUGUCUUAUAACCUUUUUGCAAAAUGAAUUUUACUCCUCCCAGAGGUUAACGAAAUAAACCAUUGUCCAGAGUAGAUGGUGACAACUGUAAUAUGAAUGCAUAUAUGAAUACCCAUAGGCGUUUUUAAAAAUAAAAACUAUUAAAGUUUAUUUUAUUGCACGGAUUUAAUUUUCACUUUAACAGCCCUAAUGUGUUCAAUUGCAUAUAUGCACCAUGUAUAUAGCUUACAUGCAUAUAUUGUAUAGUGAAAAGUUACUGUAUAUGUAUACAAAUACUGUUUUUCAACAGUGUUAGCAUGCUUGUAUGAUUUAGGUUAAAUGAAGAAUGUCAUUUGCUUUUGAGACAUGGUCGAAUAUUUUAUGAAGUCUGUUACUAGAAUUCUGUUGGUAUUUGGAUUUUGAAAUUUAACAGCUCGGUUCCAUAAAUAUUAUUUGAGGUAGUAUUAUACAAGGUGCAGUCCAGGUUUGUGCAAGGUUUGAGUGAAAUAAUUUGAGCUAAUCUUACAUUAUAAUGUGUAUUUCAUAGCAGCAUAUAUCCUCAGGAGAGACUUUCCUGGGUAUUUCUUCACAUGUUGUAUUCGGUUUUUCCCUGCAGUUAUUUCUGAACUUUUAAAUAAAGAUUAAACGGUAAACAUGCAA